AUGCCCAAACGAAAGAGAACGCAUACCACCGCGGACUCCGAAGGGGACAGGCGAACCCAGGAAAAGGGCGGCGAUAGCGAUGUUGAGACUAGCGACAAGGCCACCCCGGAGCCAAGACAGACCGACCUGACCCCCGAAAGCCCCUUCGUCCGAUCGUCAUCGAAGUAUCCAAACAAAUUUUAUACAAUCGGUUGGAUUUGUGCCUUGAGCGUGGAGCUGGGGGCGGCAAAAGGCAUGCUGGACGAAGCGCAUGGCGAGCCUCAGACACAGCCCAAGAGCGACCCCAAUCUAUACACCCUUGGUCGAAUCCAUGAUCUCAGCGUGGUUAUCGCGUGUCUUCCACUAGAUGAAUACGGGACCUCAUCUGCGGCCAAUUUGGUAGGGCAAAUGUGGAACACCUUUCCAAACCUCAGAGUCGGCCUCUUCGUGGGCAUCGGUGCGGCUAUCCCUUGUUUUCACGAAGACCCGAUUCGGGAUAUACGACUUGGGGAUGUCGUAGUUGGGACGCGUGUUGUUGACUACGAGAUGAGAAAGCAAUACGCCGGAGGAGUUGUGAAGAAUACGGGGCAGCAGGACAGGCCAUCAAGAGUUCUCCGUUCCUCUCUCCAGGCACUCCGAGCUGCUUAUGAGACGAAGUCGUCCAAGAUAACUCAUCAUAUUAAGACCAUGGUCCGCAACAACCCAGAAGCUCGCCAUUUUGCCUACCAAGAGAGCUUGACUGAUCAACUAUGCGCACCAUGUUUGGUUGGCGGCAACUGCAAUGGUGGAAGAAAUGUUACGAAAUCCCAGCGUCGUUCGUCUCGCCCGGACAAGGAGGCACGAAUACAUUAUGGUGUUAUCGCGUCAGGGAACACCCUGUGCAGGGACCGGGACUUUAGAGAGAAGGCACGGAAGGAGUUCGACGCCAUAUGCUUCGACAUGGAGGCAGCCGGGGUAAUGAAUAAUUUUGAGGGUCUUGUUGUCCGAGGAAUUUCCGACUAUGCAGACUGCCACAAGAACGAUGACUGGCACUCAUACGCUGCGGCGUCGGCGGCGGGUUAUGCUAAGCUGUUGUUAUGUUAUGUUCCUGCAAAUGUGAAGUAUGCAGGAACUAUCGAGAACGUUACAAAGAAUCCUCACCAUGGCGCCGAGGAGAUAGAAAUCCUUGACUGGAUAAGUCAGGAGACGUUGGAGUCCCGACAUGUCGACCACCUCAAUCGCCUUCAAUCAGGAACUGGUGAGUGGUUCUUGAGCUCUGCGGAAUUCAAGAACUUUGUUGAUGGGGAUAACCCGCUCCUCUUUUGCUCUGGGAUGCCCGGGGCAGGCAAGACGAUGAUCAGCACGCUCGCCAUCGACACUCUGCGUAGACACUUUGACCAGGAUACGACUGUUGCAGUCUGCUUUUUAUAUUUCGACUACCGAAUCAAGUACGGUAGCACUGCCGAGCUUGUUGCCAUCGUCCUGCGACAGGUUGCUGCGCAGAGGGCGCCACUGUCCAAAUCCGCCAGGUCAUUAUUUGAAAAAUAUAACCCCCGAAAGAGCAGGCCUCCACUGAGGGACUAUAUAUCAACAUUGCAGUCGACGUUACUUGAGUGGAAGAAAGUGCUUCUAGUGGUGGAUGCCAUUGACGAGUGUCCGUCGUCUAACGGCACACGGCAGGUAUUUCUAGAUUCGCUGGACACUAUUCAAGCUAAUUCGAACCUCAUAAUCAUGGCUACCGCCCGCCCGAACCCUGAUAUCGUCGAUGUGAUGAAAUCGAGGAGAGCAAGGCGAGUGGAGAUCAGAGCUAGAGAUGAAGAUGUAAAGGCAUAUAUUACCGGCCGAAUACGGCAGUCAAGCGGGCUUGCGCGACAAAAGCGGACACUUCGACGCAGGAUCAAACAGGAAAUCACCGAGGCAGUGGACGGAAUGGAUAUCGAAGAUGUGAUUGCAUCGCUUCCACGGGGCUACGAUGCGUAUGAGGAGGCAUUCUCCCAGGCAAUGAUCAGAAUCGAGAGGCAGGACGACAAGAGCAAAUUAAUCGCUAAGAAGGCCCUGUCCUGGAUUAUCUAUGCCACUCGACCGCUCAAGAAGAAAGAGCUGCAGCACGCACUUGCGCUUAGACCCACAGAUACUACAUUUCACAAGAACGGCAUGCCAACGGUUGACUACAUACUCAGCGCGUGUGUUGGCCUUGUCGUAUUGGACAAAGAAGGCGGCAUUGUUCGCUUAGUUCAUUAUACUGCUCAGCAGUAUUUCGAAGGCAGCUCAGCAAAGUGGUUUCCUGGGGCGAAUGUUGCCACUGCAAAGACGUGCUUACAGUAUUUAUCGCUCGAGGUGUUCGAUGCCAGGCCUGGCGAAGCCGAUACUAAGUUUUAUCGCAGGCACCAAACAUAUCAUCUUUACAGCUAUGCUGUAAGAAACCUCGCAUACCACGUUGGAGGAGCUUUGUCGCAAUUAGACAAUGAACUGAUGCAGUUUCUGACACACGACGGGAGGAUGAAUGCCUACGCGAACGAACUGUGGUGGCCGCCUUUCAGGGGAUUGGACGUGUCCCCAUGUCACAUUGCUGCAGCUCUGGAUGUCGAUGAGACUCUCGGACGGUUGUUGGAUAAUGGAUAUGAUAUAAACGCCUCAGAUGGAACGCGCAGAACCCCCCUGGUCUGGGCAGCUCAGUAUGGCUGUGCAAAGGCUACCCGCCGCUUGCUCAAGGAAGGCCAUAUUAAUGUAAAUGCACAGAAACCUGGUGAUGACUGUCCAAUACACAGGGCAGUAAUGCGUGGCAAUAAGCAGGUGUUUGAUCUGCUCAUAGGGGACCCCCGGGUUGAUGUCGAUGCCAGGGAUAGAAUGGGUAAGACGCUACUGAUGUUGGCCUGCGAGGUUGACAGCGAGGACAUUGCUGCCGCCCUCCUAACCGAUAGUCGCGUUAACCCGAAUGCUGUUGAUAACGACUCGUUCAGCGCCUUGCACCAUGCCUGCGAAAAUGGCAAUACAACCAUUAUUGAUCUGCUCAUGCGAUCUCCGGCUGGGGGUGUGAACCAGAGUACACCAGUCAUGGGUCCUCCUCAAGUUAAUUAUGUACAAUCGGAGUCGGAACGGAAGUUGCGUAGGGAUAUUGAGCUCGAUAUAAUGGACAGUCUUGGGUACACCCCAUUACAUGCGGCAGCCAUGCAAGGCAAAGUCGAGGCCAUGAAAAUGCUCCUUGAUACAGGAAAGGUGGCCGUAGACAGAAGGUGCAAGUCUGGCAGAACACCACUCUCAUCGGCAGCUCAAAGAGGGUAUGUAGCCGCGGUAUCCCUUCUACUAGAACGCGGCGCCAGAGCAGACCAGGCCGAUAUAUACGGCCAGUUACCACUGCACUUGGCGGCGGGGAGGAACCGGGAGGGUGUCGUUAGAAAGCUGCUACAAGAGCCGAAAGGAGACUGUCUUGCUCUGGACAAACUAAGUCGAUCUGUGCUACUAGUAGCUGCUGAGGAAGGAGCGGUCUCUAUUGUCCGAAUACUUUUGGCCCAACAGCAAAGAGACGAGGAGGAUGGCGAUCCCGACGAGCAACAACUGCUAGCACAGACAUUGAAUAACGAGCAAGCACCAAUUUUGCACCUCAUCCGGUCAGGAGAAAUCAAUCUCACAGCGAAGGACCACAACGAAUGUCUCGCUUGCUGGGCCAUUGAAAAGGGCCACCUUGAAAUUGCCAAAGCCGUGUUGGACACGGGCGUUAGCGCUGAUCACAUCGGCCGCUUUAAACGCGCAUUACUAUCAAUGACAGCCCUGAAUGGGAAUAUCGAGAUGGCAGGGCUGUUACUUUCAAGGGGGGCCGAUCCAGCGUUAUGCACCCAUCGGAACCAAUCUCCCCUGUACUGGGCUGUACGAGCAGGGCACUACGACAUGACGAAACUGUUCUUGCACCAGAGCGCCGCUGCUGCCAUUCCGAAUAAGGUGGAACUUUUAGCUACCGCGGCCGACCACCAAGAUGGCCGUCUUCUCAAACUUCUCGUCGGAUAUGGAUUGGAUCCAACCCUUGUAGACUCGGCCGGGAACACACCACUCGAUUAUGCAGUUCACGUUGGCUCGGUCAGGGCUGUGAAGCGCCUACUCAGAGCAGGUGCGUCCCGCGAUCUUGUUGGCGAUGCUGCACUGGGUAGCGCCAAAUAUGGGGGUUGGAAGAAAAUUGUAAGGCUGCUCCAGGCGGAAUAA